CCUACAGUCUACCCCGAACCGAAGCUAGAUCAAUCUAGUAUGAAAUUCACGUCAUUCGUACCAAUCCCUUAUUUAAAUACUAAGAAUGUUUCAUCAAUUUACUUGAAAUCUGAAUCUCAAUCUUGGUCUUCAAAGAAGAUGGUACAAAUGUCGAUCGUACCUCCAAUUGGCAGUAAAUAUGAUAGAAUCCUCGUAUUGCAACCCGGUUCACGUUACAUAAAGAUAGGAAGGUCAAAUGAUCCAGCACCUCUACUUAUACCUUCUAUAAUUGCACGCAAGAAGCGUUCGAACGUCUCAAAUGGAAGCGAUGGUAUGGAUGUAGAUGAGAGUCAAUCUACGAGAAAUGCAGAUGAAUGGAAAAGCAAUGUUGAAGCGAUAACGAAUGAAUUUAAAACACGUAUGCGUGCAUUCAAAUUGGUUGGAAUUUCCAAUGGACAAGCCCAAAGCGUUUCUUACAAUCAAGACGCAGAACCAGAGCCAGUUCCAGAUCAUUUGGAUAACGAUAAAGUUGAUUGGAUAGAUGACAGUGAUGAUUUACCUGAAAUACUAGUUCUCAAACUGACAGACAAAGCAAAAGCAAAAUAUGAUAUCAGUAAACCAUUUUUCAGAGGUGACCUUAACACGCGAGAUUAUACUUCUGCUCAAGUACUUCUUGGUGAUAUCGCAACACUGUUAUCUACAAUUAUUAGCAAGACAUUCAGUUUCAAAAUGUCCGACUUCAAGAACAUAAGCAUUGCUUUGAUAAUACCAAACUCUUACAAUUCAACCUACAUAACCGAAAUGUCGAAUGUGAUAUUAAACUUGAUAGGAUGUAAGCAAAUAUUGCUUAUUCAGGAAGCCAACUGUGCUACAUUUGGUUGCGGUUUAUCGUCAGCUUGUAUGGUUGACAUAGGUGCACAGAAGACAUCAAUCGCUUGCGUAGAAGAGGGUGUAGUUUUACCUGAAAGCCGGAUGGAAUUAGCAUACGGUGGUGACGAUGUAACUGAAUUCCUACAUGACUUGCUCAAGGAAGCUGCAUUCCCAUACAAAGAAGCCGAUCUGACUAAGUCGUGGGAUUGGUCUAUAUUUCAGGGUAUGAAGGAGAAAGUGUGCAAUCUGAACGAGAACGAUCUAGCUGUCAUAUUGCAUGAAGUCAACGUUCGCAAACCAGACACAACGACAACCAAGUACAGUAUCAAGAUAUACGAAGAUAGUAUAAAGGCGCCAACUUGUUUAUUCAACCCGAGAGUUUUGGGAUUUGACAAGAAGCUUCGACCAAAGAACCAACUAUGGGGUGAUUCAGAAUCUACAUUGGAUAUAGGAUCUGGUAAUACAAGUCAGGCUAUGCAAAUGUCAACGAUGCAUCUAGCAGGACAAAAACCAACGGGUAAUAUCGAUGUACAAACUGAAUCAAGUAAAGUGCCACUUCAUAUCGCAAUUAAGAAUAGUAUUGCUGCUACAACCACUGAAGAGCGCAUUAAGAAGUUUAGUCAGUCGAUCGUUAUCUCAGGUGGUUCAUCUCAUCUUAAAGGUGUUGGAUUUGGUAUUGAAAGUAGAUUAUUGGGAGUUUUGCAAUCACAAUUUCCAUUUGUUGAUAAACUUCAAAUUAUACCACCACCAAAAGACGUAGAAGCUAUGAACUUAUCUUGGAGUGGUACUUCUGUCUUAUCAAAGCUCGAAGUUAGUAAUGAACUUUGGGUGGGACAGAAGGAUUUCAAUACACUAGGUCUUAAAGCAUUGAAAGAUAGAACGUAUUGUAUGCAGUUGUAUUAA